CACACCAGGCUCCACAAAACCUUCUCCUUCCUUUCUCUUUAUCUCUCUAACACCAAAACAACAACCAAAAACAGCCCUUUUCUCUCACUAGAAUAAAAUUGUGUAACUUGCAUUUUAUUUGGUAAUUUGAAUUUACAUUAGCUGAUAAAAGAAAUUAUUAAAUACCAAAUUGAUUGAAAAGAAUAAGAAAAGGAAAAAGGGGGCAUAUUUGUAGAGGAGGAUAAGCUAUGCCCUCAAUUUUUAUUUAACUGUUAUUGUCCCUCCUCUCUCAGAUCUUAAUUUUUUGUUUUUUCUUUUGAUGAGAUUUGGCAUCUGGGUUUUCUCUAAUUGGUUUGGUUCAUUGCAAGUUGGUUGCCUUGUUGAUUGAUUGAUCGUUGAAGGAUCUAUUAGCUUUUGUUUUUCAUCAAACAAAACACACAAAGUUAUUGUUUCUUAUAUAAUUUGGUCAAAUAAGUGUCAUUGAAUAAUACAUCUACCAGAGUUGGAAGUGUGCUUUGAUUCUUAGAGCACAAGAUAUUGAAGGAACAAAAAAUGCAAUCUGAUAAUGGUAAAUUAUUUAUCGGUGGAAUUUCAUGGGACACCAAUGAAGAGCGACUCAAGGAGUAUUUUGGGUCAUUUGGGGAGGUGGUGGAGGCUGUAAUAAUGAAGGAUCGAACCACAGGGCGAGCCCGCGGUUUUGGUUUUGUUGUUUUUGCUGAUGCAGCUGUUGCAGAGAGAGUCAUUAUGGAAAAACACAAUAUUGAUGGCAGGAUGGUUGAGGCAAAAAAGGCUGUUCCCAGGGAUGACCAGAAUAUUCUGAAUAGAAGCACUGGUAGUAGCAUUCAUGGUUCUCCUGGCCCAGGCCGCACAAGGAAGAUUUUUGUUGGAGGUUUAGCAUCCACAGUUACCGAGACUGAUUUUAGGAAGUAUUUUGAGCAGUAUGGAACAAUUACAGAUGUGGUCGUGAUGUAUGAUCACAACACCCAGAGGCCAAGGGGGUUUGGGUUCAUUACAUAUGAUUCAGAAGAGGCAGUGGACAAAGUUUUGAUGAAGACUUUUCAUGAAUUGAAUGGAAAAAUGGUUGAAGUUAAGCGUGCAGUUCCCAAAGAGUUAUCUCCUGGUCCCAGUCGCAGCCCACUUGGUGGAUAUAACUAUGGUUUAAGUAGAGUUAAUAGUUUCCUUAAUGGCUACACUCAGGGGUAUACUCCAAGUGCAGUUGGAGGGUAUGGACUUAGGAUGGAUGGUAGGUUCAGUCCAGUUGCUGGAGGCCGAAGUGGGUUUCCUCCAUUUGGUUCUGGUUAUGGAAUGGGUAUGAAUUUUGAGCCAGCUUUCAGCCCUAGUUAUGGAGGGAAUGCUAAUUUUAGUAGCAAUCUCAGUUAUGGACGGGGAAUGAGCCCUUACUAUAUUGGUAAUACAAAUAGAUUUGCUAAUCCUACAGGAUAUGAUGGAGGUAAUGGAGGAAAUAGUUCUUUUUUCAGUUCAGUAACUAGGAACUUGUGGGGAAAUGGGGGCCUUAAUUAUAAUAGUAGCUCUGCAAGCUCCAAUACAUACAUGGGUUCUGGAAGUGGAAGCAUAGGCGGGAAUAACUUUGGCAACAGUGCGGUUAAUUGGGGUUCUUCGACACUUGCAGCACAUGGAGGAGGAAGUAAUGCUUCCAACAACAACCUGAAUUUUGGGUAUGGAGGUGGUGAAAACAGUUUUAGUCUGGGCACAGGGGGAUAUGGAAGAAACAGUGUCAACAAUUUGGCCACAACUUCAUCAUAUGCUGCAUCAAAUGGUAGUUUUGAUGGAACCUUUGGCGACCUUUAUGGUGGAGGUUCUGAUUAUGGGGAUCCCACCUGGCGAUCGUCGAACUCUGAGCGAGAUGGAUCUGGCUCCUUUGGUUACGGCCUUGGCAAUGCCACUUCCGACGCUUCAGUAAAAAAUUCUCCUGGUUAUGUUGGUUAUAGUGUUAAUAAGAGACAGACAAAUAGAGGAAUUGCUGCUUAGGAGAAUCAUUUUGGUUAUGAAGAUAUUGUAGGCGAAGAUAAUCUGGUGAAGCAGGUGAACUGUGAAUUUCGCACAUCUCCACAAUAUAUAUCAGAUAAAGAAAAUUGGUUAUCUAGAGCUAACUGGAGUGCCUGUUUUGAACAAUUAAAUUUAGGGAUAGAAGUUAUAAGGGAUUUCAUGUUAAGGUUUUGAUUUUCAAUUUUACCAUUUUAGGGUUUUUGGUUUUUUGAGUGAGAUGUAAAAUCAGCUUGCGGCAUAUAGUCAGAAAUGUAUCAUGCAUCUCUGGUGAGGCGGCGAUACAAAAAGUUGUAGACCAUUUUUUUUUCUUCCCUCUAGGUUUCAUGUCCUAUAAUAUCUGGCCAAGUUGUGGAUUCUUGCCAGGUAUGCUUUGUUUUUCUCCUUCACCCCCAUCAUUUGGGUAUGUUUUCAGCAGUUUGUAUCCGAGGUUCUUGUUGAUUUUACUAGUGUGAAAACAAUUUAAGGGAUACCCAUCUAGGGUCUCUCCAUGAAUAAGUUACCACAUACUUUGAUUCUUUAUUA